AUGGCCAUGGACUAUUUGAAGAAUCGCCGCCGCUCCUCCCAGAUCAUGCAAACUCCAAACCCUGUCCUGACCUCCGAGGAUGAAGCCUUCCUGCAACAAGUUACCUCCCAACAGGAACAUACACCUGGCUCAGCGGGGCCAAGCGGUGGAAAUGCAACGGAUUUUGCAGCAGAGAGCCCCGUCCACCCUGGUCUGAAGGAAUCUGCCCAGGAUGUUCCUCUUCCAGCGUCACCAGCAGAAGAAUUUGGAAAGGAGUUGGGAGAAGAGGCCCGCGAGAACCCCGAAACUACCGAGACGAAAUCCGAGCCUCCAAAGUCACAAGAUUCGAAAACCUCGGACAAGAAAAAAAAAACGUUGGACUGCGAUAAGAAGAGUUCUAGUCCCGAAGGUAAAGACAAGUCCGAUAUACCUACCGCAUCGACCUCAGCCUCCAACGGAAACGGACAAGAAGCCUCGAAGGACGAAGAAGACAUGAAGGAUAUACUCGAGCACUUGAACCUGGCAGCAGAGAACAAUAAGGUGUUCUCAAUGAGCGAAGAGACACAGGAAUUACUUCGGAAGUUCAAGUUGAUCUUCAAAGAUCUUAUCAAUGGCGUUCCAACGGCCUACCACGAUUUGGAAAUGCUGUUGACCAACGGGAAUCGACAACUUCAAGAUACCUAUACCAAGCUCCCCGGUCCGAUGCAGAAAUUGAUCGAGAAGCUCCCAGAGAAAUGGACGGAGACUUUGGCACCAGAAAUGAUUGCCGUGGCCGGCGAAAGAGCGUCCAAAAGUGGCGUCAACAUGGAGAAUGUGGGCAAGGCUGCUGCGGCGGCGGAGAAGAUGGGCCUUAGUGUUCCAAGUCUGAAGGAACUUGUCUCCAAACCCGCUGCGAUUGUGGGAAUGCUUCGGUCGAUCAUGACCUUCCUGCGAGCUCGUUUCCCGGCUGUAUUGGGCAUGAAUGUUCUUUGGUCGCUGGCACUAUUCAUUUUGCUGUUCGUUUUGUGGUAUUGCCAUAAGCGCGGACGGGAGGUUCGUCUAGAGAACGAACGCUUGGUCACGGAGGAGGAAAUCAACCAGCUUAAUGAAGACAAUCCCGAGGGUAGAAUUCGUGCCACAGAGACUUUGACCACGACAGCUCCCCAGGGUGCCUCAUCAGAGGAAGUUCGCGAAGGAGUGAAGAAGGCGGAGGAAGCCCGGGCCUCAGCUGCAGACGUACCUUCUGUUUCAUCUCCGCAGAGCGGCAACGGUGAGAUUGAAAAUGUUCGCCCAGCUCCUGUUCCAACUAGGUCGAAGUCUCGAUUGUCUAUUUUCGGUCGAUCUAAGCCGCCCACUGAGCCAAAUCCUAAUAUUUCACCAUACCCCGGUACAUAA